AUGGCGGUGCAAGAGCGGCGACCAUACCAGCCAUCAUUACUAUGGCGGGCGACAUCCGCCACCGAAAUUGGCAUGGUUGGUCUCAUUUGUCGCUCCUUUCUUUUCGCAUUAAACACGACGGAGGUUCACGGACUUGAUCGGUUCCUUAAGGUUCUCGAUAGCAGAAAGGAUGAAAAGGCGAGGACUAGAGGGUUGAUCACGGUGUCCAAUCACGUGAGUGUACUCGACGACCCUAUCAUGUGGGGCGUAUUACCGAACAAGUACUUCUGGGAUCCCAAUAAUAUGCGAUGGUCGCUCGGCUCGUACGACAUAUGCUUCCGCAACAAACUGUUCGAAACCUUCUUUUCCUACGGCAACACCCUGCCCACCCACCGAGCCGCUUACUCCAAACACGGCGGUCUCUUCCAGCCAACCAUGACCCAAGUGAUCCGGCUCCUGUCAGAUCCACACUCGCAACCCACAACCCCACAUACCGCAACCAGACUCGUAGAUCAUUCCCCGGACGCUACCACACCACCCACGGACCCCUUCACCUCCAACCACCUCACCUACCCCUCGACCUACAGCACAACAGGCACCGACACCUUCCCCGCCCCCUCCUACCACCCCAGCCGGCGAUACAGCUGGAUCCACAUCUUCCCGGAAGGCAUGAUCCACCAACACCCGGCGAAAGUAAUGCGGUACUUCAAAUGGGGCGUCGCCCGCUUGAUCCUCGAAGCCGAGCCCACGUGUCCGGAUCUGGUACCGAUCUGGAUCGACGGGACGCAAGACGUCAUGCCGCAGGAUCGCGGGUGGCCGCGGCCGGUGCCGAGGGUCGGGAAGAAGGUUAGUGUGACGUUUGGGGAGGUUGUGGAUGGGGAGGGGGUAUUUGGGGGGUAUAGGGAACGCUGGAGGAGUCUUAAGGAGAGGGCGAGGCGGAGGCGGGUUGAAGCUGCACUGCUCGGGGAGUUGCGGGAGGAUGAGUUGAAGUACGGUGCUGAGGCGGAGCAAUUGCGGAUUGAGGUCACCAUGGCGGUGCGGAAUGAGGUGUUGAAGGUGAGACGAGCGUGUGGGUUACCGGAUGAGGAUCCUAAGCGCGGGCUCGCGGAGACGUAUCGCGCGGAGGGUGGGAGGGAGGCUUCGAAAGAUGAGGGGAGGAAGCCUGAUGGCAGCAUUGUGAAAGAUGGACUUUAAGACUCCGUACGAACACGACCCGAAUGGAGUGGUGCAGUACAGUUCCCUAGGAGGCGGGAAACGCAGCGCGCUCCUGCCAUCUCCGAGUGGCAACUGGGCUGCCAAGAAUCAUUGCAUGUCCACCAAGCGGUCAGACAGCUUACUCCUCCACGAGCAUGUUCUCCUUGUCUUCAAUAUCGAGCAGCUUGCUUAGCUUCCUCGCCGGCUUGUCCUUCUUCUCCGGACUCCCAUCGUUAAGCGAAAGCCCCUUCAGCGCGGCGCGGGUGCGCUUCUUGCCGGAGCUCU